AUGGAUUUCGCUAUCAUCGUCAUGCCUCUUCCCAUCGUCUGGAGACUGAAAUUGCCCCUGUCUCAGAAGCUUUGGCUUUCUGGCAUUUUUGGAUUGGGUAUCUUUACUAUUGCGAUUUCUAUCCUUAGAAUACAAUGGCUCACACCAGAACCGGACUUCACUUGGUGGAACGUCACCGCAGCUUCAUGGUCCAUGGCGGAACUUGUCUCGGGUAUCGCAUGCUCUUGUCUCCCGACUUACAAACCUCUUCUUAUCAAAGUCAAGAGCUUGAUUCCAACUCUCAAAUAUGGAGAGAGCACACACAGUCUGCACGGUGUGGUCACCGACGAUUCGGGUAGGACCAUCGUUGUGACUUCGGAAGACGCGCCGUAUGGAAGCAGACCAACGGUACCAAAUAGUAUGCUCGCAUACGGGACAGAGACAAAUAUCACGGCUACAAAGGGUGUCUAUACAGAUGAGAGAAAGUUGAGAAAAUUUUCGAAGUCUAGCAUACGUAAGGAUGAGAGUGUUAGCUAG